GCGCGCUCUGCGAUUGGUGAAUCAGAAUAGAGGGCGGGGCUUCUGGAAAAGUAAUCCGGAAAUGCCGGAACGACUAUUUCAACGUGUUCAACGAUUCUAGUCCGUGAACUUAAUAUGGCCGGAACCAGAACCGGAAGUGAGAGCUCAUCACAUCGAGUCCUGAGAAUCAGCCAGCUGGACGCUUUCGAGCUGGACGAUGCCCUAGAGCAGCUGGUCUGGUCCCAGUUCGCUCGCUGCUUCCAGCAUUUCAAACCAGGCCUGCUGACUCGCGUGGAGCCGGAGCUCAAAGCUCUGCUGCAGCUCCUGGUGUGGAGGUUCACUGUGUAUUCCGGCAGCGCUACCGUUGGCCAGACGCUUCUCAACAUCCGCUACCACAACACGCUCAUCGCCGGACAGAAAUACAGGUCUCUGAGCAAGAAGCAGAAACUGUGGUUCGCUUUGCUGACGGUGGGCGAGAAGUGGUUAAAGGAACGUUCUCACAGCUUGUUCCUCAGCCACGGGACGCAGUCCGGGUUCCGGAAAGCACGUCAAGCUUUAGCGUUGGUUAGCAGUGUGGGAAAAGUGGCUAGCCUGCUCAAUUUCAUGCUCUUUCUUCAAAGCGGGACGUUUCCCACUCUGACGGAGAGGACGCUGGGAGUGCGGCCGGUCUUCGUCCGGGAUCAGAGCGGCCGCGAAAUCAACUUCCACUACAUGAACCGGGAGCUGCUGUGGCACGGCUUCGCCGAGUUCCUCAUCUUUCUGCUGCCGCUGAUCAACGUGUGGAAGCUGAAGACACGCGUGUCCACGCUGUUCUCCGUUUCGGAUCACAGCGACGGGAAAUCCGGGAAGUCCAACAGACGCUCAGAGUGUGGGAUAUGCGCCGAAUGGCCCGUCAUGCCUCACGCUAUCGGGUGCAGCCACGUCUUCUGCUACUACUGCAUCAAGAGCCACGCGGCCGCGGACGUCUUCUUUACCUGUCCCAAAUGCGGUGCCGAGGUCACCUCCGUACGGCCCGUCGAUGUUCAAGUAGAAAUGGCAGAAAGGCAACAGACGUGAUAUGCCCCCCUCACCGGCACCCACCCCACCCCUGUCGACAACACGUCGUCGACGGCAACCGUAAUGUGAACUUCUGUUGGAAUCCCUAGAGAGCGGCUGAUGAAAGACUUCAGCUUGUGCCUUUUUGUUGGCAUGAAAUAUGCAA